AUGAUUGGCAUGGAUCUUAGAAGUUCUGCCAGCUCUUCUCCACCUCGUCCCAGAUGGAGAAAAGUGGCGUAUGGUGGUAUGCAACCUGGGUAUGGUGACAACUAUACCGAUGAAUCAUUUCUUGAAGGUAUGGUCACAAAUGCCAGUGUUGUAAAGAGGGACAUGAUAAAGGUGAUGCUAGACUCAGUUUCCAUUUCUGAAUAUCUGUGCAUUGUUGCUCUUGUUGUCUUGGUCUGGACUUACACACUAACUUCAACUCUGGAUGAAAAUUCUCUGCUGUUUCUUGAUGCAAGUCUUCUCGUUUCAGGAUUUCUCAUUCUCAUAUUGACUCAAGAUAUGCUUUCCUUCAAUCUUCUCCUCCAUUACUUUCUCAAUAUUUCCUUUUUUAUAGCUGGAUUAUAUGUUUUGGCUCCUAUAUACCAGACUCUAACAAGAUCCAUUAGUUCGGAUUCUAUUUGGGCAAUAACCGUGUCACUGCUACUGCUUCAUUUAUUUCUCCAUGAUUAUUCAGGAUCCACAGUAAAAACCCCUGUUGCUACAAAGAAUCCGGCCUUAUCCAGUUGUAUCUCUGUAAAUGCUUCUGUGGUAGUCGUUUUUAUUGCGUCCCGUCUCCCAUCAAGGCUACAUGUAUUUGCUAUCAUGCUCUUCUCAUUGCUAGUUUUCCUUUUUGCUCCCCUGGUUACUUACUGUAUUAAAAAGUAUUCCUUCCGCUUACACUUGUGUGUUUCCAUAAUGUUGAUUGGUUUGACCUUGAGUUUUGUGUACAUGCUGGAUCGGUUACUUUUUGUGCUGCUGCUUAGUCUGUUAGUAUUUGUCAAUGUGGUCUGCCCUUACUGGCUUACAAGGCUUCAGGAAUACAAGUUCGAGAUCAACGGGCCUUGGGAUGAGGCUAAGCUUUGUUUUGAUAUUACAGACUAAGAUCACAGCGUAUAUGGGAAUACUAUGAGAAGUUGAGGCAACUUUAUUGAAUGCUAAGUGAGGUUCAGGUUUUGGUACAAUUCCCUUUGCAUUCCAUCGGCAUUGGGGCUAAGCAUAUUUGCUUGGGCUAGUCCAAAUUAGGUGCAAGUGUUGUUGCAAUCGCUGUACGAUCACAUCAAAUCCUUGACAAAUUCAUCUUGUGAAAUGAAACGCCUGAUUGCUCUUGAUUGUUCACGUAAUAGUUGAGUUACUGGUGAGUUCCAUUUUGAAGGCUGUCUGUUGUCUGAAAUUCAUGUUUGCAAUCUGGAUGCUGCAUCCACUUCUCUGGGAAAAAAGCAUGCUUCCCCAAGAAAAGAAAAAAGAAAAAGGGGUGGGGGGCGGUUGGUGUUCGUUCGUUGCAUACAAUGUCUGUCAGAGCUAGGAGCCAAGUAAAUCGAGUGACAUUUGAUGGGACAAGCACCUUCUUUUGUUCGUUUCCGGGAAUUACGUAUUUAUCAUUUAUUGUUUAUGAACCGUUCUGAAAAAAAUAAAUUUUAUUCUGUGGUUCAGUAUAUAAAGACAUUCAGCUAAAGAUUUUAAUCAGCUACAGAGGAUGUUCGGAUUAA